AUGGGAGAAGCUUCAAAAGCUACACAAGUCAGCGCCCACAUCAUGGCUUCAACAAUGAGUCUUUGCUCUCUACUCUUUAUAGAGAUGCUUGCAAGGUAUAGAGAGAUGUUGGACACAGCCAGCAAUGGGAACUUCCUUAAUCAGGAUGUGGAUGAUGGCUGGCAGCUUGUGGAAAACAUUGCAACUCCAAUGGAAGCUAUGGAGAAGAGUAUGAUCGCACCAACCGGAGCUCGACCCACCACUCGAUCGAGUCCGAUGAGAAAUUGA